CCUUCCUUCAAUAAUAAUAGUUAUAUAGAGACGUUACGCAUUGCAACAUGAAAAGAUAGGAAGAGAAUUAGAAGUUAAGCAAUGGAGAAAAGGGAAGCAAAGAGAAGGAUAGUGUUAGUUCCAAUACCAGCACAAGGUCAUGUUACUCCAAUGAUGCAACUUGGGAAAGCCCUUUACUCGGAGGGCUUCUCCAUUACAGUUGUUGAGGGACACUUCAAUCAAGUAAGCUCUUCUUCUCAUCAAUGCUUCCCUGGUUUUCACUUUGUCACCUUAAAAGAAAGCUUACCAGAGUCUGAAUUCGAAAGACUCGGAGGAAUCGAGUUUAUGAUAAUGCUCAACAAAACCAGUGAGGCUAGCUUCAAGGACUAUAUAGCUCAGUUGUUGCUGCAACAAGGCAACGAUAUUUCUUGCAUCAUCUACGACGAGUACAUGUACUUUAGUGGAGCUGCAGCUAAGGAGUUUAACCUUCCAAGUGUCAUCUUCAGCACUCAGUGUGCUACAAAUUAUGUUUCACGUUGCGUUUUAAGCAAACUCAAUGUCGACAAGUUCUUGGUCGACAUGGAAGAUCCUGGAAUGCAAGAAAAGGUGGUGGAAAAUUUGUAUCCUUUAAGAUACAAAGACCUGCCAAUUUCAGGAAUGGGGCCACUAGAACAUGUUUUUGAGCUCUGUAGGGAAGUAGCCAACAAAAGAACAGCUUCCGCUGUUAUCAUCAACACGGUGAGCUGUCUAGAGAGCUCGUCUCUGUCAUGGAUGGAACAAAAACUUGGAAUUCCGAUAUAUGAUAUAGGGCCACUUCAUAUGACAGCUCCCCCACCUUCUAGUGUACUUGAAGAGAACACGAGAUGCAUUGAAUGGCUGAACAAGCAGAAACCGAGGUCAGUUAUUUACAUAAGUGUGGGAACCGUAGCUCAAAUGGAAACCAAGGAAGUGUUGGAAAUGGCUUGGGGGCUGUGUAAUAGCAACCAACCUUUUCUAUGGGUUAUCCCUGGCAAUAACGGAAUAGAGUCAUUGCCAGAUGAAGUCAAUAAGAUGGUCUCAGAAAGAGGAUAUAUUGUGAAACGGGCACCGCAGAUUGAAGUGCUUGGACAUCCUGCAGUGGGCGGAUUCUGGAGCCACUGUGGAUGGAACUCAGUUCUGGAGAGCAUUGCAGAAGGAGUUCCAAUGAUUUGCAGGCCCUUUCAUGGCGAGCAGAAGUUGAACGCAAUGUGUAUAGAACGUGUUUGGAGAAUAGGGUUUCAGGUGGAAGGUAGUAAAGUGGAUAGACGAGAGGUUGAGAGAGCUGUGAAGAAGUUGAUCAUAGACGAAGAAGGUAUCCGGAAGCAGGAGAGAGCCCUUGUUUUAAAAGACAAGCUCAAAGCCUCUGUGAAAAGUGGGGGUGUCUCAUACAACGCUCUGGAUGAGCUUGUCAAGUACUUGAAGACAAUGUAAAGAUGUUCAACUUCAUGUAUUAUUGUAUUGAUCAAGCUUGGUCAUGCAACAUUUACAAAGCACGGGUGUUUUUUUUUUCGUAUGCAAGUAAGAAAAUAAAGUCCUAGACUCCUAGUAUCUCUCUUUGCAUGUUGCAUCACAAUAAAAAGACAAUUUUUCUGUUUGGGACAUUUUAGGAAAUGAAACAUUUGUAUUUGAUUA